AUGUCUCAGCCUAACCGAAUCGUCAUGUCGGCCACUCGUCUAUCUACUCUGUUCCGUCCGAUGAGCAAGCUGCCGAACAUCAAUCGAGUAUCGCUGGUCCCUCAAUACCACCGAUUGUCGACCAGCCCGACAGCACAUUCCCAACCAUCCCCCAUCGUCAAGGCUGACUCGAGUGCAGAUGCCCCAUAUGUGAAGGGCACGAUUAACGACCCGACUACCUUCCCACCCCCAAGUAAAGCCCACGGAUCCAUUCAUUGGACUUUCGAAAGAUCCGUCGCCGCAAGUUUGAUCCCGCUUUCGGCCGCUACUGCCAUUUCCAGUGCCAAUCCAUUGCUUGACGGGGUGAUCGGAGUAUUUCUGAUUGCCCAUUCUCACAUGGGAUUCGAUCAAUGCUUGGUUGAUUAUGUUCCCAAGCGUAAAUUCCCCGUGAUUAGCCCUAUUGCUACCUGGACUUUACGUGCUAUAACUUGCGGUGUCUUGGUUGGAGUUUAUCAAUUUAACACUCAUGAUAUCGGUAUGACAGAGUUGAUCAAGAAAGCAUGGAAGGCUUGA